GUCGGUUGAGGGCUGGUCUGUCAGACAAAUCUAUAAUCAACCUGAAGAAGUUAUCAGUGACAAAGAGUUGGAUGAGGCAGAGGUGAUGGCAGUAACGCUAUCAACGACCAAAAAACCGUCCAAAACUAAAAAGCCACCGAAAAGUCCAUCAAUCAAACCGGUCAAACUUCCGGCCGAUAGACCACAAAAUACUGGAAAACCAGCAAAAGGUACCCCAAAACCAAAGCCAGGAAAAAAUCAACAAAAACCUACCAAACAAUCCAAUAAACCAGUGAAGGCUUCCACUAAUAAUCCAGGAAAAGCCUCGUCAACCAAAAAAUCUAAAGUACCGCCAAAUAAGUGGGGACAGCCUAAUCAAAAUAAUCUCAAUAAUAAAUCCACUAAAAAACCAUUUGUUUUAGAUUUGACCGAAAACUUUAUACCAUAA